AGUUGGUGAAAGCAGAGAGGACGCUGACAGGGACACACAGGUCCAAACCCAAACACAGAUGGGUCCGAACAGGAAGGUGGCGGCUCCGGUGUGCGAUCUGUCUCUGAUCCGAGGAAUCUGGGAGGUCCGAGUGAAGAAGUACAGACACAGACAGAAGAAGGAGCAGGAGAGAGUGGAAAAGAGCGCCCUCGCCAGUCAGAACAAAGAGGCUAAAAGGGUUUUUGGGCCACUAUCCAUCCUGGAGGCCCUGCUGGUAGCAGCUCGAACCGCACAGCGAUGGAUGAGUAGAACAUUAGAGGAAAAUGUGUUUGUCUUUCUAUUAGAAGUCCAGCAGCAGGAUCAGAGUGAGAAACAUCCAGAUCAGAAGAACCUGAUCUUCCAGCUGGAAGGAGAGCGCUGGAUGGACGUCCCCCGGGAGCUGCAGUGGAGGACUUACCUGCAGGAGUGGCACAUCCAGAGGACACGGAUCCGCCAGCUACCGGACUUCCUGGCCCUGUUCACCCAGCUGACUGUGCUGGAGAUUCCCAAAAAUCUGAUCACUGAGCUGCCGCCGGAGAUCGGGAAGCUGACCCAGCUAAGGAGGCUGAACGUCAGCUACAACCGUCUGUUCAGAGUUCCUCCGGAGCUUGGAGAAUGCGAGAAGCUGGAGAGACUGGAACUGGCAGGAAACCAUAACCUGUGUGAGCUGCCGUUUGAGCUCAGCAGCCUGAAGCAGCUGGUCCACCUGGACAUCUCGGAGAACAGGUUCGUCUCCAUCCCCAUCUGUGCACUGAGGAUGACUGGCCUGCAGCUGCUGGAUCUCAGCAACAACCACCUGACCGACCUGCCGCAGGACAUGGACAGGCUGGAGGAGCUCACCACCUUGUACGUCCAUAAGAACCACCUCUCUUACCUCCCGCUGUGUCUCACCAACAUCUCCACCCUGAAGAUGAUCGUCGUCAGCGGCGACGAGCUGACCAGCGCCCCGACCAAGCUGUGCAGCAGCCCGGAAAUCAAGUUCAUCCGCCUGUAUGACAAUCCUUCCAGGGAGAAGAGGAGGAAGGAGGAAGAGGAGAAGAAAAGGAGAGAGAAGGAGAAUAGGAGGUGGAGGGAGCAGAAGGAGGAGGUGAAGGACAGCAGCGAGAAGGAGUUCAUGGAGGCGUACAUCAGCACGCUGAAGGACAGAGACACCGUCCCCUUCUCCACCACCAAGGUUUCCAUCUCCUGUCUGCUGUGAGGAGGACAAUGAAGAUUCCCACCUGGACCCAGGAGUCCAAACAGGUCCAGAAGAAGCUGCUGAAUGUUUGCAGAAGGUUUUUGGUUUAAUUAGAGCUGAAAUGAUUCCUGAUUGUUUUUAAUGAUGGAGGCUGAUGAGCUGCGUUCAAUAAACCAGGAAGGUUUAGCUGGAAAAGUCAGACAGCGGGAGGAAAAGGUUCAUUCUAUUUCCCUGAGAAUCCAAAACAGGUAGUUAUGAAUUAAUCAUUAAUGCCAGGAUGGAUGGAAAUUAAAGCUGUGGUUCAAAUUACAAAACUUUUUAUCUUAGUUAAUGAGAUUUAAACAAAUAUUAAGUAACUUUUCAACCUUCAUAACUUCUGUGAUAUACAUUAACUUCCAUCUAGUAGACUGAGCUCUCUGCAUGGCUGUAGCUGCUCUGCACCACCUGCUCCAUCACUAAGGGACUGAGGAGGAUGGCAGUAACUCUGCCACAUAGAACACCUCCAGAUGUGCAGACGUCUUCACGGCAUACGUUACUUCCUCCAUCCGUUCCAAAGACAUAAAGUUUCCCUGGUGGCUGGAUAUUCCAGAAACUGUGCAGGGUUGAUAUUCAGGUGAUGCGUCUCCUUCCUGCUGGGAUCUAUACGUGUUUACUGGGAAAUGAUCAAACAUAUUUAUCUGUGUCAAGGCUCUAAACAUUUCUGUUGGGUGGCAGGAGUGCAGGAAUACGAUACAAAACCAGAGUUAAACGUUUCUAAAGAGUCUUUCCCACUGAAAGUAGCAGGUUAACGCAUGUUUUUCAAACAUGGGUCGACUCCCUAACGACCGGCAUCUGGCCUCCUUCCCACAGGCAUAAAAAGCUGUGAUUACAGCCUGCUGUAUGCUCAGAAACCAGGUCGCCUGCGUCGUAGUUAAGGUUGUGAAUCACAUCCAUCAUGGCGAUUCGAUU